UCGCCAGGGUGUAACUUUUUUUUGCUAGCUCUGCAUUGCGGUACUUCCUGCGUAAGCAUGUCGUCGACCGAUUUUUACCUUCGUUAUUAUGUGGGACAUAAAGGAAAAUUCGGACACGAAUUUUUAGAAUUUGAAUUCAGACCAGAUGGCAAGCUGAGGUACGCAAACAACUCCAACUACAAAAACGAUACAAUGAUCAGGAAGGAGGCAUAUGUGCAUAAAUCAGUGAUGGAAGAAUUGAAACGGCUGAUAGAGGACUCCGAGAUAAUGCAGGAAGAUGAUGCUUUAUGGCCUUCUCCAGACAGGGUUGGAAGACAGGAACUGGAAAUUGUGAUAGGAGACGAGCACAUUUCUUUCACAACAUCCAAGAUUGGCUCCCUUGUAGAUGUGAAUCAGAGCAAGGACCCAGAAGGGCUUCGCACUUUCUACUAUCUGGUUCAAGACCUCAAGUGUCUUGUUUUCUCCCUUAUUGGGCUGCAUUUCAAGAUCAAACCUAUUUAACCUGUCUUCAUCAUUUUCAUCGUUUCCUCUGUGGGACAUUAUGUUCAUGUCAGUUUUCACAUUUUAAUAAUGCACAUAAAUACACUUCAUUUCCGCAAUUUCAUUUUUAUGGAUGUUUGUGAGUGUGUAUGUGUAUAAAGAUAGUAAUUUGGAAGUAAUUGUUUUGUUUCAAAUUGUAAGGUGUUAUUAAAUAGUAUGAUGAUGAAA